GUCGGUUAUCACUCGGAGUCAGUUUAGUUCAAAUCGCAGAAGCAGCACAGGCAGCUUGUGAGGCAGGGCGACAAGGACACUCGAAGCGUUUUUGUCCUGGUCCUCCAUAUAAUGAUAUUUUUUUAUAAAAGAAAACAACUGAGAAGUCGGUGGCUGCUGGGAAUUCAUAUGCUGCUAAAAACCACGAGGAAAAGAAAAUGCAGCAAGAGGACACAAGGCGAUGGGGCCGGGCAACAAGCGGGUUGAAUGCACCAGCAGGAUCUGGCUUUCACGUGGUUUCCUUUCUGCCCUCCGCUCCUCUCUCGCUUACAACAUUGCAGAAUCAGGAUUGCAGGUUGCAAGGCCGGUGAUAGCCCCACAUGGCCACAUGUCCCCUGAGACCGUCUCUUUGUUAAUUAUACGGAGACACAGAAGUAAAAGAAAAAAAAGGGGAAAUGCAGUAACUGAAGAAUGUACUGCAGUGUAGUGAAAGAGAGCGAUGUUCCCAGUGACGCCAGUAAUGCACCUCACGGGUGGCGGUCACGGACAAAACCGGCUCCUGUGGUCAUAAAAAUCCAUGCUUCUUUUCUAGUACUCCCCCUGCCUCACGGCUGACACCUUCCACUUCAAGCCUCCUCCAGUUCAGCUGCGCUGCACCCUCCCCUGCCGCGCGAGCUUAAAAGCAGAGGCGCACGCAGCAGAAGCGCCCAAAGCCGCCGUCACAAGGUGAGGAUUACUGCUAGUGCUAGGUAACCAGAGCCCGAGCACAAGCACAAGCACAAGCUGGUAUCGCACAUCCCUCCCCUGCCAAGCUUGGAUGCGAGAAGGAUAGGAGAAAUGGCUGCGCAGACCAUGCAAUGCAGGGUGAGUGGUGGGGGUGGGGAGGGUGGUGGUGGCACGAGGACGUUGGAGUGCCUGAGGGGAAGGCUGCUCGCAGAGAGGGUGGCAUCCAAGGCUGCCAAGGAGGAGGCCGACCAACUGACCAGAAGGCUGGACGAGCUGGAGAAGCAGCUCGCCGACGAGGUCAAGGUGAGGAACAAAGCGGAGAGGAGGCUCAGGAAGGCUAUCAAGAAGCUGGAGUCCCUUAAGAUCCUGGACGUGGAGCUCUCGGACGGCUCCAUCGGGUCGCUAUCCUCCAAUGGCCGCUCCGGUCACCAGGAGCCGGAGUUAGAGAGGAACAAUCAUGGCUCGUUGAGCAGCAUUGGUUCUGCACGGUCUGGCCCUCCCGGAGACGCUGACAGUGCCGGGGCCUCCUCCGCCGGUUCCUGCAAUCAGGUGAACUCCUCCCAGGACGGGAGCUGGUGCUCAGUUGUGUCCGAGCAAUCCCAGGCCAGCCCUUGCAAGGAUCUUGGGGGCACCUACAACUACUGCAGUUCUGGGGAGAGUGCCGGUGAUCAUGAUUCAGAUAGGCACCACCUUGAUGCUUCCAAUUUCUCUGUAAAAUCAGAACAAGACUCCCGCGACGAUGACGAUGACAGGGACAGGCUAGCGCUGGUGCUGGUAGACCCUCAGCUCGUUGUAGGAGCGGGCGAUGAUUCAAGAAAGGAAUACAAGGAGGCGCAAACCGCAGAUCCCCAGGCAGGGACUCACGAGGAAGAACAAGAGGAGAACAAGCUUGCGAUCGUUCUAGCCAACCCGCAGCCCCAGCCCGCCGCGGAAACGGGCGCGCCGAAGCCGCACUGCGACGUGGAGUCCGUUCUCCUGGCGCUGCGGCGGGUGAAGGAGCAGCUGCGCUACACGAUCGAGCGGAAGUCGGAGCUUGUCGCGCACCGGGAGCUCUACGGCCACUAGCAGCGGAGUGACGUUCGUAGUGUUGUUUAGGGUAGUAUCUUUAUAAAAUGGAAUAAGAUCUGCUCAUGUGGUUGUAUUGUCAUACUCGGGAGGAGUCACACUGUUUACAACAAAUGUAUUCCUUGUUUCUUUUUCUUUCAGUUAUGUAUACAACGAGAUUAGCCUACCGCAACUUGUUUAGACUAAAAGACUCUGUUGUUGUAUGUAUGUAUAAUGGGAUUUUUUAUA